AUGAUCCUGGGAGCAUGAACGGGGCUAUCUUGUUACCUUGCAGUAGCAUCAACUAAGCCUAACUCUAGCAAGUCCAAUGGCUCCUCUGCAAUCAGACACGGUUUAUAUUGUCCAACCGGCGGUUUUUUCCCUUCAGAUGAUGGUUCGUACCUUGUUGCCAGUAUGGAAUGUGUUGGAACGAAGCUGAUGCUUGCACUCGAAAUUGGCAUUCUUGACACAAUUGGGAUUGAUCUGGUUGCGAUGAGUGUCAAUGAUGUUGUUACUUCGGGGACAAAGCCUUUGGGUUUCCUUGAUUACUAUGCCACUGGCCACCUUGAUGUGGAUGUUGCUGAGAAGGUAAUGGAUGUGCAUCUGGUGUUAUGGUUUGAGCUCUGGUUUAGACAAAGGUUUGACACAGGCAGGCAAGGAAGGAGCCCUGACAUUUAACUCUCCUCGCAACAAGCACCUUUCACGGCUUUCACCUCCGUAAAUCCUAAAAUGGAUUCAUAAGACUUAAGAGGUCACUCAUCAUAAUAUUAGAUUGAAUUUUGAUUAGUUGUACAUUUAAA